GCGUUCAAAGCGAUUGAAGUUUGCGAUGGAGGUUUACGUGUGAAUUCUGUGAAUAGUGUUGUGCCGAAGACUUGAGGUUUUAUAUUUGAAGUUUGUGUGAUUGCAUGAUUCUUAACAUGAAGAAUAAUUAUUACAUGAAUAUUCUGUACUACAGCGUCUUGUGGCUUCAGCAUGCUGUUAUAUGUUUAUGUUUAUCGCUGUAGAAGUUCACCGCAAAAUUGGGCGUUUUCAACAAUUAUUUUCUUUAGGAUCAUAUCGCGCAAAUAAAUUGUCAUUAAUAAUGUUUCAGAAUAUAAACUGGUCGGAAUUAUUUCCAACAAAGUUGAGUGCUAUUAUUUUUGUUUCAUACAUGGUUCUUUUCAUAAAUCAAGGUAUAUUUGUGACAGCAUCACAGAGUUCAAACAGUGCCUACAGUUACAACACAGUGAUUGUAGUUCUGUUAACAGAAGUUGUCAAGUUGCUUAUCUCUGUAGUUCUGUACUGUAAAGAUCAUUCUACAUCAUCUUUAAUUAAAGAGAUGCGUCUGAACGUUCGUAUUAUGGCGCUGUAUUUUGUUCCUGCUUUCCUGUACUGCUUAUACAAUAACUUGGCUUUUGUAAACUUGUCUGCGUUUGACCCCACAACCUACUACUUGCUUCUGCAGUUCAGAGUGGUGGUAACAGGUGUUGUGUUUCAGAUUAUUUUUAAGAAGAAACUGAGUUCCAAACAGUGGCUGUCAUUAAUUAUUCUAACAGCAGGAUGUAUGAUCAAACAGAUUGACUUCACAGACACAGACUCUGCCAAGAUUUCAGCCACAUUAGCAACUCCAGGGUCAGAAAAUGGCUUUCAUCUCAGCAUAAAUUUGGUGUUUAUAUUUAUACAGACGUUAUGUUCAUGCUUCGCUGGAGUGUAUAAUGAGUACCUAUUGAAAGGAGAUGGUGCAGGGGUUAAUAUGUAUGUCCAAAAUAUUUUCAUGUAUAUGGACUCAAUUUUAUGCAAUGCUGGAAUACUGUUUUGUCAAGGCAAUCUGAAAGAUGCUUAUACUCGAGACUCUCUAGCAUCUAUAUUCCAGUUCAAAGUUAUCAUCAUUAUGUUCAACAACGCUGCUAUUGGCAUCAUAACCAGCUUCUUCCUCAAGAACUUGAACUCCAUUUUGAAAACAUUUGCAAGUGCUCUUGAAUUAAUGUUCACUGCCCUCUUAUGUUGGGUUCUGUUUGGAAUUCCUAUUUAUAUUAACACAUUUUUAGCGAUUUCUAUCGUAUCAUAUGCUGUACUCUUAUAUUCUCAGAAUCCAGUGGUUAAUGAGGGUAAACAUAUCCCAGAAAUUGAAAAAUACGUAAGUGAAAAAGGGACAGAAGAAGUUUAAGUGUAGGGAGUUAUGUUUCUCUAUUCUGUCGCAGUGUCACAAAGCUGAACCUGGUGCAGAAGUGCCUCAAACAUUAGAGCCUAAUAUUGACUUGCAUUUAAGCCCUAGUAAAUUAUUUAUGACAGAAUUAUAUUGUGAAGUAUUAUAGUUAACUGAAAAUUAUUCUUGCAAGAAUAACCAUUUCAUUAUAUGUGAUUUGAGGUUAUCACAGUAGUGUUGAUGGUGGUCUUCUGGGUUGUGACACCAUGUAGACUUAUAGGUGGAUACCAACAUUUCAGAGAAACAUUUAUUUCCAUAUACAUGUGCACACAGUAUCACAACCCAGAGUACCACCAUUACAACCAUUUAAUUUUAUGUGCACAUCUUGCCUUAGACAUGUACACAGAAUGAGGGCUGUUGUAGGAUAGUCUCUUCCUUGUGUCUCCAUCUUCCUGUUUAUUGUCUCUUAUGUCUUACAGCAUUCCUUUACUACUCAUUGCUGACUUCACCUUCCAUCAUAUUCUUGGUCUUCCUUUGCUUAUUUCUCAUCCUCAUUGUCAGUGUUUCUGGAAUUCCAGUUCCUCCAUUGUCAUUUGAUAACCAUAUAUUUUAUAUUUCACAUAUACUUCUUCCAAACCUUGAAAGUCUAGAUUGCCUUAUAAGCAAUCAUUUCCAAUCCUGUCUCUCGGAGUUUUUCCUGCAUUGUUAAUUUAGAAUUUAAUUUUCAUGACCUGUGUUCUUAUUAAAUCUCCCUUUGUUCAUGUACCAUACCAUAAGUUGAAAUAAUAACUAAUAUACAACAUAACUUCUUCUGGUGACAGUUCCUGUCAUCUGCUUUGAGAUAAAGAAUUCCUAGUACUUCUUCCUAUCUUUACAUUCUUUACAACUUUCUUACUAAAGUUUCUUUGUCUCUCUGUUCUCUCAUGUAUUACUUCAUGUAACUAUUUCAUCUUGACUUCAAUCCAUUAAUUGCGUAACUGGUUGCUCAGCACAAAAUUAAAAAAUGGUGGAUAGGUUCCUUACCCAGACCUCAGUUUCACAUUUAACUCAUAAUUAAGCUGAAAAGCUGAAAUAUAGUUCAUUUUUAGUGAAUAAUAGUACAAAGCAAUGUAACUGUAAUGUCGGUAAUAAAACAGAGCAUUAGAACAAUCAAA